AUGGAUGAUUCUCCUGUAAAUGCACCCCAGGGUCUGUUAUCAUUCAGGGAUGUGUCUGUGGACCUCUCCCAGGAGGAGUGGGAAUGUCUGGACUCUUCUCAGAGGGCUUUGUACAUGGAUGUGAUGUUGGAGAAUUACGGCAAUCUAGUCCUUGUAGAGAACCAUCGAAACUGUCAGUAUGGGAAGGUCCUAGAUCAAAACUCAAAGCAUAUUGUCCAUCAUCAUGCAACUAUCCAAGAGACAUCUUGUAACUGUAACGAGCUUGGCAAAAGUCUUCAUGACUGUUCCCAAUGUAUACCUCAUGACACAAGUGAUCCUGCAGAAAACUACAAAAACUGCGCAUGUGGUAACCAUGUGGCUGCCUCUACUGAAUCAUCACACUCAGACAGUCAUAAGAGCAUGCCCACUGGAGAAGAUCCCUGCAAACAUAAAGAUGGUGGUGAUUCUUUACAUUUGCAUCCCACCAUUAGUCAAAAUGAAAGAAUCGAUACUGAAAAGAACGAACAGAAACACUCAGAAGAUGAUAAAUCUUUUGACUCUACACAUAAACCUGUGGGACGUCAGAUGUGCAGUGAAGGGAAGCCAUACCAAUGCAGGAAAUGCAGGAAAGGGUUCUGGACCCACUCAGGCCUCAUUAGACACGAGGCAAGUCACACUGGAGAGAAACCCUACAAAUGUAGGGAAUGUGGUUUGUGCUUUUCUAAUUCAAGUGCUUUCAAAAGGCAUCAUUACAGAAUCCACUCUGCAGAGAAACCUUACCAAUGUAACAAGUGUGGGAAAUCCUUCUUUUGCUACUCAUACCUUAGAAAGCAUCAGCAAAUUCUUGGAGUGAGGCCUUAUGUAUGUAAGCAAUGUUGUAGUUCCUUCUGUAGUUUGUCACGCCUCGAAAACCAUUACAGGACCCAUAGUGGAGGGAAAACUUACAAAUGUAGUGAAUGCGGCAAAUGCCUUUGCAACUCCGAAAGUCUUAAAAGACAUCAGAGCAUUCAUGCUAAAGAGAAAGCUUAUGAAUGUAAAGAAUGUGGAAAGGGCUUUUAUGGGUUGUAUCAGGUUAAAAACCAUUACAGGACCCAUACCGGAGAGAUAGCUCACACAUGUAAUGAUUGUGGCCAAUGCUUUAGCCAGCUAAAACAUCUAAGAACCCAUCAGAAAGUGCAUAAAGAGGGGGAACCUUACAGAUGUAACCAGUGUGAAACAUCCUUUGCCAAGAAAAGUGACCUUAGAACCCAUAAGAGAACUCAUAUGGGAGAGGAGUCUUACAAAUGUGAGGAAUGUGAGAAAACCUUUGUCCACAAAAACCACCUUAGAAAACAUCAGAGGAUUCAUAUGGGAGAGAGACCUUACAAACGUGGUGAAUUUGACGGAUCCUUCACCCAACAAGUCCAUUUCGGAGCUCAUCAGAGAACACUUUACAAAUGUAGUGAAUGUGACAAAUCGUUUGGCAGGGAAGUCCAUCUUAGAACUCAUGAGAAAAUUCACAGACGUGAGAAGCCUUAUAAGUGUAAUGAGUGUGAAAAACUCUUUAAAUAUGCCUCUUACCUUAGAAGACAUCAAAGGAUACAUACAGGAGAGAGACCUUUCAAAUGCAGUGAUUGUGGGAAGUGCUUUAGUCAAAAGAUAUACUUAAGAACCCAUCAGAAAAUUCAUACAGGAGAGAAACCUUACAAAUGUAAUGAGUGUGACAAAUCCUUUCUCCAUAAAGGCAACUUGAUAAGACACCAGAAAAUUCAUACAGGAGAGAAGCCUUACAACUGUAGCGAAUGUGGCAAAGCCUUUACUCGUCUCUCUGGUCUUACAGGACAUCAGAGGAUUCAUACUAUGGAGACAAAUUUCCAUAGUAAAUGA